GGCCGCAGGGUUUUAUGAGUAAGCUGUGACCCCGGCCAACGGGUGGGUGUGUCCUGGGAUGUGGGUGAGCCAUGCCGCAGAGUGUCCCGAGAAGAGGAUAUUCCAGGUGGGGGAAUGAAAAUGCCCCAGGAAAGGGCGGAAGGACCUCCGUCCCCUCUGCUCACACCCGCCCCUCUCUCUCUAGCCCUGCCAAUGACCAGACCGCACCUUAGUGCCCCUGAUAUCUUGGAGGUGGGCAAAAACUCCACCGUGGACUGCUUCUUGGAUGGGGUGUUCCCAGUCUGGGAGGCCUGGGUCCAGCUGUCACUGGGGGGCCGGCGAUUGAGCCCCACGAUCAAGGACAGUGACGACCUGCUCUUGGCCACGGCCAUGGUCAUGGCAGACCUGGACCAGGAGGGUACCCAGCAGCUGACGUGUGCAGUAAACCUGGGGAACCAGAACCAGGAGACAAGGAAGAAAGUGACCAUAUACAGCUUCCCGGCACCUAGCCUGACCUUGAGUGAGCUAGAGGUCUCAGAAUGGACAAUGGUGACUGUUGCGUGUGAGGCCCAUGCUGCAGCUGUGGUGACACUGACUGGGGCUCCAGCUCCAACCUCCGCCCAGAUGCCGGCUUCCAAGGCCCAAUUCAGUUUUAACGCCAGCGCUAAGGACAACGGCCGCAGCUUCUCCUGCUCUGCUGCCCUGGAGGUAGCUGGGCGGGUGCUGUACAAGAACCAGACCCAGCAGCUCCAAGUCCUGUAUGGACCCCGACUGAAUGAGGAGGACUGCCCAGGAAACUGGACAUGGCAGGAAGGCUCCGAGAAGACUCUGAAGUGCCAGGCCUGGGGAAACCCACCCCCCAAGCUGGACUGUCACCGAAAAGGGGAUAAGGUCUCACUGCCCAUCGGGGACCUGAGGCCUGUCAAACGGGAAUUUGCAGGCACCUACCUCUGCCGGGCCGUGAGCGUGCGUGGCGAGGUCACCCGCCAAGUGGUCGUGAAUGUGCUCUACCACCAGAACAACUUGGCCAUCAUCAUUACGGUGGCAGCCGUGGCCAUACUGGGCCUUGCAGGCAUAGCUGGUUACCUCUAUAACCGCCAGCGAAAGAUCAGGAAAUACAAACUACAGAAGGCCCAGGAGGAGGCCUCCAUGAAGAUGAACACACCACCCUGAUCCCACCCCAGGACUGGCUUCCUCCUUGGUUCUCCCACAUGGUGGCAGCCCUCCACAUUGGACAGCGUGGUGGAUAUACACCAUUUAGCUACACCCACCUCCUCCAGGUGCUACAGGAGAUUGGCCUCAGCUGGCAUAUAGGCAGUGCUUGGGGUCAUGGUACCUGCACACCAAGGACCCUCAGGGCUCCCACCUGAUCUGUAGUCACAGGACUGAACUAAGAGGAGGAAGCACUGAGGAGAAUGACUACAGAGAUGUUAAAGUCUGACUGGCCAGAGGGGGAGUGUUGGGAGAUGCAUAUCCCACAACAUGGGGACACACAGCCAGGAAACUGAAACUCAUCUCCCGCUGCGUGUGCUGAGGCCCCACAGUCCACAGGACACACGCAGCAUCGAAACACAAAUCCCUACACUUCCUCCAAGAGAUGCCGGCUCUGGCACUACUGUCCACUGACUGUCUCCAACUCUUGAUGAUGCCAUAUUUAUUCAUUUGUUCUUUUACUAGCUAUUUAUUGAGUGUCUUUUAUGUAGGCUUGAAUGGUGAACAAGGUGAAUUUAGGUUCCUGCCCUCAGGGAGCUCUCAGUGUAACCUCAUUCAGGGCCUCCAGGUACAGUUAUUCUGGCUGUGCACUGCGCGAGGGUGCCUGGCAAAAAGACCAAGUGGGGCUGCAAUUCCUCACUCCAUUGGCCAGGCUGAUUUCCCCCAGAAGGGGUGCCCUUUUCUGUCUUGCACAAAGGCGCUGUAUGGACUAGCAAUGCUCACAUGCCCAGGGAGGACCCACUAAGCCCUUUCCCCCCAGCACUGGCGCUGACCUCUGUUAGCCACCUCCCCACCCAAACGCAUCUCUGCCAGUGCUCACAAUGACAUUUGGUGGCCAUGCCUAAACAUGGGUGCCACUCCUUGGCAGCUGAAUCAUGAAGCCCCACGUAACUACGCCCAGCCCCUGCAUGCCCCUGUCCUGUCCUAGCUGCUUACAUCUCCGUGGGACCGUGAACAAACACAACACUCUCAACUCCAAAUUCCUGCAGGCCCUGCAGGCAGUGGGGAAGGAGACCAUGGUUUCCGAGGACACCACCCUCCCAGCUCUGGAGGCCUCGUUCUUUAAUAAAGCUUUUUCAU